GUCUUCGAAACUAUUGCUUGCCUUGUACAGAGACUUGAAAUUUAGAACCUUGUCAUCUGCACUCUUUGAACCACGAUGGAGGUCAUUCCUGAUCUGAAGAAGUGCAAAAACUGCAACGUCAAGAACCGCGAGAAAGCUCUACUGAUAUGUUCGCGUUGCAAGGCCGUACACUAUUGCUCAGCAGAGUGUCAAAAGAAGGACUGGAAGAGUCAUAAGAACGCCUGCAAUUACAACGCGAAACUAGAAGAGGGGCUUAAGAAACAUGAAAAUACUUUGGGUGGCACUAUCGAACGCUUGACGUUGCCGGAUGGUGUCUCUAGAUACGAGCUCGACCAACGACUAGAAAAAUGGGUGAAAUUCUACUCUGUCAACCUCAUGGCGGCUUGUGAGUCGGGUCUUCGACUUCCUGAGAAUAUCGACAAUGCACUCAAACAGGUCCUGUACGUUAAACUUCGAGGACGUGCUCACCCGGAGCACAGAGGUGACGUAGGAAAGCUCUUCGCAGUGGAAGAUGCAUAUCCUCUCCUCAUUGAGGAGGCCAUGACUUGGCGCUCACCGUGGCCGGAGUCGUUGCUUCAAUUAAAGGACUGGCAGGACAAAAGUGGGAGGUUGGGUAGAGGAAGAUAUACUGCAGUCAUGGUCGAAUGUCCACCACUGGCUGUGCAAACCGUCCCAUAUGGAUCACUGUUCCCAACAUCAUUCGACCCCGUUAUCAAGCCGGACUGGAAGGAGAUAUUGGUUGACGAUGUGCUGCACGGUCGACAGAUUAUCUAUACGAAGAGCUAGAGAGUAGAAGGGGAUGGAGUUUAUUAGAGGUCUCUUUUAUGGGACAGGCACAAGUUUGUAUGAUAAUGGUCAAGUCGCCUAGGUUAUGCCGAGGCUUGAGUGGAAGCUUGAGUGGAAUAGGAGAACGGAGCAUUUUGUAUACCCGGUGUAUUCGACUAUUUCUAGAAGGGAGUCAGAUGAGUGCAGAUUGGAGUCAACGACUCCAUGUAAUCCCGAGGUCAAUUCCGC